AUGAGUCGACCGACUAACACCGAUCCCGACUCGGAUACGCAGUCUCAGGCGCACCACAAUCUACAUCCUCCAUACACAGAUGCCGCAACCUCGCCUCAGCCUCGCGACUCCUUUGGCGCAAGCAGCAUCCCCGACCACAACUCGGACAUCUACAUCAACUCGUACUACUACGGCAACACCUACAUGCCAGAGCUCUCGUCCGCCAGUCCAAACCCAUCACUACCAGCAUGGACCUCGAAUCUCGCACAGAGCCCGCUCAAUUCUCCCCUCCUCUCCAACGAUGACAGGCUCAUGAGGCGACUCAGCUGGACCGAUGAAAGCGCUCCUUACCCACAUCAUCCUCCAAUAGCUGGCCCUUCCGGCAGCUCUCACCACCACCGCAACGUGUCUUCCGUUGAUGCAGGCAUCCUCAGAGGUCCACUCGAUCUCUCACCACAGCCUCAAUCCCAUGGCUUCCCUUCGCCUACCACCGACGCACCCCCACGACGCAGCUCGUCCCUUCCGCUUGCCGCUCAAUCUAUGCACUAUGGCUACAGUCGCGAGUCUGACGCUACUUUCACCACCGACGACAAUGAUCGAACCCGGCUCACAUCGCAUCCCGACGGCAAAGCACGUACUUCAGUCAGAUAUCAUGAGCCAGAUCAGCAUGAGUUCAAUCGCACUGCCUCGCCUGAUGCGAUGGAACAGGCGGACCACUCAACACUCAAGUCUAGCGCAGAUGUUUACGCUCCCUCAAAUUAUCACAGGGCAAAGUCCGGCUUCGAUCGCCUCAGCAAAUCCAUACGCAGGAUGAGUCGUCGCGUCGUCCACCAUCAUCCCAACCAUCCUCACGUCCCACUCACAGAUCAAGACGCCGAAGAGAGCGACUCGUCCGCCGCAACAGCCCGUGUUGAUCAGCAACCAUCUUCAUCCGAUGAGAUCAAUCCACGCACACACCAGCUGCAGCUGUUACGAGGCAAGACUCUAGGCAUUUUCAGUCCUGACAGCUCCGUCCGAAAGUCUCUUGCCGCUCUCCUCACAAAAUGGUGGAUCGAACCACUCAUCCUGCUCCUCAUCCUGGCAAACACCGUCACCUUGGUCGUCCAGUCUGCUCCAAGUGUGUACACACAUCCGAGACCGGCCAACUAUUUUGGCGGUAUCACCGACUACAUCCUGCUUGCCAUCUUUGCUAUCUAUACGAUAGAGAUCCUCGCACGCAUCAUCGUGUCCGGCUUGAUCAUCAACCCACCACCGCUCAUCGCUGCACCCAUCCCGGUCGCUUCGCCCGAUCAGCCUGACUCACCGGACGCCAAAGAGUCGAUACCCGCUCAAUCCGAACACAGACGUCAAAUGUCCAGAUCCAACACGCUCGACACACUCGGUCUCUUGGGCGGUAGUCUCAAAGACAAAGCUCACAAGGUGCUCGCUGGUGAUCAGGGUUUCACAGAAACGUACAUGGAAUCACGCAGAGCUGCAACUUCCCACAAGGCUGCCUAUUCGCAAGACCAUGGCGAUGACCCUGCACAUCCAGCUCAACACACUCGGCAUCCCGGCCGACGUCUCAACCAGAGCGAGACAAGCAUGUUCCUUUCAGAAUCCUCUGCACCCUCAUUCUGGCAAAACGCAAGGACGCCUUUCGCCGAAGCCUUCGAAAAGCAACGAGUACAGGCGGUCCAUCACGCCUACUUGCGCCAUUCAUGGAAUCGUGUCGAUCUGGUCGCCGUCGUCUCCUUUUGGAUCGCUUUCGCUCUCGCCGUCGCUGGCCAAGAGUCGGCCAACAAUCACCACAUCUACAUCUUUCGUGCACUCAGUGUCCUCCGCUGCGCCCGUCUGCUCACUGCGACCAGCGGAACUACUACCAUCCUGCAUUCCCUCAAGACCUCUGCCUUCAUCCUGCUCAGUGUCACCUUCUUCACCGGCUUCGCCAUGCUUCUCUUCGGCAUCAUCGGCAUCCAGAGUUUCGAGGGCUCCUAUCGCAGGAACUGUGUCUGGGUCGGCGACCUCAAUGGUCAGCCGGGCAACAACAACACUCUCUCGCAGCUGUGCGGAGGCUACCUCACCACUGCCGGUCAGAAGCUCGGUCACGUCCUCGUCGAUGGCAGCCCAUCCGGCUCGUCCCCCAAGGGCUUCAUCUGUCCACGCGGUCAAGUGUGUCAGGAGCAAUCCAGCAAUCCGCAAACCAACACCCAGUCGUUCGACAACAUCGUCACUUCGCUCCUCGAAGUCGUCAUCGUCAUCUCGUCCAACAAUUGGUCGCAAACCAUGUACGACAUGAUCGACGCCGACUACUAUGCUUCCUGCAUCUACUUUAUCGUCGGCAUCAUCAUCCUCAACUUUUGGCUCGCCAAUUUGUUCGUCGCCGUCAUCACAAACAGUUUUGCCACCUUGACCGCACGCACCCAGCGCAGUGCUUUCGCAGAUCAGAAGCUCCAAGACAAGCCCGAGGACGACGAGAAGCAGCCUCAGAAAGGAAGACUCAAGAUCAUCGCAGUAGGCUUCAAAAGGGUGUGGAGCUACACAAAGUAUCUUUGGAUCCUCGCCAUCAUCGCUGAUGUCGCCAUUCAGGCGUCGCGCGCCACCUACCUGCGACCGGCCGAGAUCCAGAAGCGAUCCAGGAUCGAACUCUACUUCACCCUCGCAUUCGAUUUCGAGAUCGCCAUGCGUUUCCUUGCUUUUGUCCUCGAUGGCGAUUGGCGUGGCUUCUUGGCCUCGAAACAGAACCGUGCCGAUUUCUUCUUGGCUUUGGUCACCAGCCUCAUUCAGAUUCCCGUCAUCAAGUCUUCUCAGGUCUACCCGUGGCUUACCUUCUUCCAGCUCGCCCGUUUCUAUCGAGUCAUCGCUGCCAUUCCGCGUAUGCGGGUCCUGCUCGUCCGCGCCUUUGGCUCGCUCAACAAGAUGCUCAACAUGGUGCUUUUCUUGCUGCUCAUGGUCGGUCUCGCUUCCUUGAUCUCCACGCAGCUUUUCCGCGGGGACAUUCCGCAGGAGAGCGAAGGUCAGUGGACCGAGAUGACGUUCAAGCACUCCUUCAACUCCUUCCUCGCCAUGUAUCAGAUCUUCACUUCGGAAAACUGGACCGACGUCCUCUUCAGCGCUACCUCCAACGAGGUCGAAUUCAAGCAGGCCGUCAUCGCCGGUAUCUUUCUGUCGGGCUGGUUCCUCUUCGCCAACUUCAUCGUGCUACAGAUGUUCAUUGCCGUCAUCAACGAGAACUUCAGCGUCGCAGAGCACGAAAAGCGUCAGCAGCAACUCGAGCAGUAUCUGCGUCGCAACGAACCUCCUUCCUUGUCCUUGACUGCACGUCUUCUCAACAAACUUAGCCCCUACCGAUGGCUCAGGCGACACAAUGCAGCUCACACAGGCUCAGCCGGCUCUGAGCAUGGUCGCAGCGAUCACGGAGGCAGCAGCAGUGGUCAAACCAACAAGAUCAUUGGAGGUUCCAGGCUGGACGAUCGUGCAGAUCAAGUGAAGAAGCAACGCCCCAUGUCUAUGCAUCACGUCAUGGACACCUCGACGGCGACCGCUCAUCGCACGGUCAACACGGUCCGAAAGAUGCUCCGCCUAGAUCAGCCCGAGGAGGAGGUGCCUCUUGACAAUCUGCAGGCCCGCAGACUGCGUAGCAGCAUCCACGUAGACGAUCUCCUACACCCUGGCGGUCCGAGCUCUGCCUACGAUGCCGACCCGUCCGACCAAGCAGCCCACCAGUUUGCAAGCGAGCGAAGACUUCAGAGGAUGCGCUCCGAUCUCGGUCUCGCCUCCGAAUUCGGCGCCUAUGGUGCUUCUCAGGGAUUCAAACCACGCUCUUACAGCGACGCGCGCAUACAGCAAGCUCGAUUCAUCGCUUCCCAUCCAUCCUACGACAAGUCGUACUUUCUCUUCUCCAACCACAAUCGGCUCCGUCGCUUCUGCCAGAGUCUGGUCCCUUCCUCGCAUGGCGAGCGCCUUUUCGGACGGCAGGUUUCGCCUUUCCGACACAAGCUCUUUCAGGUCGCCGUCUUCCUCGGCAUCGUUGGCUCGGUCGUCUCUGCUGCCAUUGCUACGCCCGUCUACCGACGCGAAUACUACGCAAAAUACGGCCUCAUCCGAGCCUCGUGGUUCUCGAUCCUCGAGAUCAGUCUGUCUUCGCUCUUCUUUGCCGAAUUCCUGGUCAAGACCAUCGCCGACGGACUCGCUUUUACGCCAAACGCGUACGUGCUCAGCGUCUGGAACUCGCUCGAUCUCUUCGUGCUCAUCACGCUGCUCGUCAACGUCAUCACCGAACUCGCCGUCAUCGGAGGUGUCUCGAGAUUCACCCGUGCCUUGAAAGCCUUCCGUGCACUCAGACUGAUCAAUCUGUCUUCACUCAUGCGCGACACGUUUCACGCCGUCAUGAUUGCAGGCGCCGGUCGCAUCCUCGACGCCUCGAUCCUGUCGAUCCUCUACAUCAUCCCGUAUGCUGUAUGGGGACAGAACUUGUUUGGAGGCUUGCUCUACUCGUGCAAUGAUGGCUCCAACUCCAUCCAGACCAAGUUUGACUGCAUCGGAGAGUAUGUCAGCUCGCCGGGCAACUUUGAUUUCCUGGCUCCUCGCGUGUGGGGGAACCCGACGGAAGGCAGCGUCUACUCGUUUGACGACUUCAAGGGAGCCAUGCUGAUCCUGUUCGAGAUUAUCUCGCUCGAAGGUUGGAUCAACGUCAUGUCGACUGCCAUGAGCGUCGCCGGAAAAGAUCAGCAGUUGCAGAACGACAAUCGCCAGGUCAAUGCGCUCUUCUUCCUCAUCUAUAACUUGGUAGGCAGCACCACCGUCUUGACACUCUUCGUGUCGGUCAUCAUCGAAAACUUCCAGACCUUUUCGGGCGCUGCUUUCCAGACGGCGGGUCAGAGGCAGUGGGUCGAUCUGCGCAGAUUGAUUCUUCGUCAGCGACCGUCCAAGAGGCCCAAGCAUCGCCCGUCUCAGCCCGUGAGAGCUUGGUGCUACGAUCGUAUGCUCAACAAGAACGGGUGGUGGAGUCGCACCAUGACGUUGGUGUACAUGGCCACCCUUGUCACGCUCAUGACGCAGCAGUACUCUGAUCCGACUUGGGCCAACCAGCUUCGUGAUGCGCUCUACCUCGGCUACACGGCCAUCUACGCCCUGGAUAUUGUCGCCCGUCUGCUCGGACUGGGCUGGCGGAGCUACCGGGAGAACCCUUGGAAUCUGUACGACCUGUUCGUCGUGUCCGGCACACUCGCUACCACGCUUCCGCUGUUGACCAACAGUGGAGAUACCGGCGUCGUGGUGCAGUUCCAGAAACUGUUCCUGACGUGCGUUGCGCUCAAGCUGGUGCAGAAGAACCAUGCGCUCAAUCAGCUCUUCAAGACGGCUUUUGCAUCCUUGCCCGCCAUCCUCAGCCUUUUCCUCUUGUGGCUUACCAUGUUCUUGGUGUGGGCCAUCAUGCUGCUCGAGGUGUUUGGAUUGACGAAGUGGGGAGCCAACGAGACUUACUCCAAGAACUUUUCAACCUUUAUCGGUUCGAUGGUGUUCCUCAGUAUGAUCUCGACGGGCGAGGGAUGGAAUUCGUUCAUGCACGACUACACGCUGUCGCCGCCUCAAUGCACGCCGGCCGCAAGCUACCUCAUGACCGACUGCGGCAGUCAGCCCUGGGCGUAUGCGCUCUUCAUCGGCUGGAACGUCAUCUCGAUGUACAUCUUCCUCAAUAUGUUCACGGGUACGGUCGUCGAGAAUUUUUCCUACAUCUUCGAUCUGGGAAGCAAGGCGAUCCUCACGCCCUCGGACAUUCGUCAUUUCAAGAGCAGCUGGGCGCACUUUGACCGUCAGAGGAAGGGCUACAUUCAGAAGGACCAGAUCGUGCCCUUCCUGUCUUCUGUCAAAGGGGCGCUGGAGGUGGGCUUGUAUCCGCCGGAAUGCAAUUUGCGGACGCUGAGAGCCGCUCUAGAGCAGGACCCGCGUGCUUCUCCAAGCCCGUCGUCGGAGGCGAGAGGUAAAGGCGCUUUUGACUUUUUGAGGAAUGCUUCUUCUCCUUUGCGUUCGCCUCUGCGCGACAAUAAGGAAAAGGACAAGGACGGGCAAGGAUUCUUCGCAUGGCCAUCGUCGUCGUCGGCUACACCCCCGACCGAGGCUGAAAAACUAGCUCGCGUCUUGUCGGCGGUGGACACCAAGGAUCUGCGCAUGCGCAGGCAGCGCUUCAAUCGACUCUACCACGAAGCCGUGAUGCUGCUUCAUCCCCGCAAGGGCAUCUCGUUCACCGACAUGCUGCUGCUGCUGGCACGCACCAAGCUCGUCGACGAGACCGAGGCGCUCAACGUCGAGGAGCUCAUCGAAAGGAAGCAGCUGGCGGAGCAGAUCGAGCACCGCAUUCGACUCGAUCGCGUGCGCGGGCUGUUGCAGAUGAGCUACUGGAGGAGGAGGUUCUUGGCUCUUCGGGACGAGAUGCACAGGAGUGAGGCGGUGCCGACGAUCCUUGUGCAUGAAGAGGAGGGUCCGAGCGGGUCGUCCCGACCUGUGCUGUCGAGUUUGCAGAUUCCUGGCACGGAGGCGUCGACAACAGCGAAGGAUGCCAAGGUGAAGCCCAGCUUGACGCUGACGCCGGCGCUGCCGUCGCUUAAGGAUCUGGAAUUGCGCGCAUCGCCGGUGAUCGAGUCAUUCGAGGCGACUGCUUGGGGCGAUCUGAUGAAGAGGAUGGAUGGCAGUCAGGAAGGGCAUGGCGAAGGGUCGAGUGGCGGUCAUAAGGGGAGGGGUGCGAGGGGGGAUGGUGAGGAGGGCGGGAAGGGGAAAGAGAAUGACGAUGGAUGGUUUUGA